GCUCGAUCGCUCACACACAAACCCUACACACACCUCUCCGUGUCGUACACAGGACACACGCUGGUGUCUGAACUGAACGCAAGCUGUACGAAGCCGCUACCAGGGGGACACACAGGGGAAGAGGAGCGGUGCCGCAGGAGGUGGACUGACAUGACCGGCAUUUUUGGGAAGCAAGAGCGCAACACUUUUUCUUAUUUGUUUUUCUCCAACUUAGAUGCUGCGUUAAAAACCAGCUUCUGGUCAUCAGGCUGAAGGUUCCAAGACUUUAAGAGCCGUUACCGGGGACUUCAGCCCUCUCAGGAAAACCGACCGUCGUGUGCGCAAAAUACGCUGGGACGCACGGGAAAAGGUACGGGCACUGGGAAUCUCUCAGUCGGAAAGUGACUCACCCUGGAGCCGGUGCCCAGACUCUGCGGAGUGUAGGUAUCGCUCGAAGCCUCCCAGCAGCGGUGCGCCAGCAGUGUUGAUCAAGGAGUUUGUUUGUUUACUAUUUUUUUGAUGAGGUCAAGUCGUUUCAUUAAAUGGACAUGUUUUAAAGGCAAAGGGCUGCGCAAAUAGAAAUCCCUGAAUUUCUUUAAUGACAUGUAGUUGGCAUAUAGUUUUCUCCACCGAUGGUUUAAUAAAGCGUGGGAUUAUUAUUGACGUGCUCCCAGUUUUUGGUGCCGAAAAGUUGUGGAUUUUUGGAAGAACAGCUGAAUUUAUAUCCUAGAAGACGGAAACAUUAGACACUUAAAGCUCCCCACGAGUUUCUGCACCAUCCAAGAUGGAUUUUGUGUCAUCGAUGAUUGGAUUUUUAAUGGCAAUGUGUCAUCUGGCGUUGAGAGUGAAAGGAGAAGAGGUGUCAGAGUGUGGGGGUAACUUAGAUGCCAGCGAGGCAGGUUACAUCACUUCCCCUGGUUAUCCUCUGGAGUACCCACCUCACCAGAACUGUCACUGGAUCAUCACGGCGCCGGAGCCCUCCCAGCGCAUCGUCCUCAACUUCAACCCACACUUUGAGAUCGAGAGGCUGGAUUGCAAGUAUGAUUUCAUCGAGAUCCGUGAUGGAACUUCAGACACUGCUGAUGUUCUGGGUCGACACUGCAGCAACAUCGCCCCGGCGCCGAUCAUCUCAUCAGGCUCCUCCAUUCAGAUCAGAUUCGUCUCAGACUAUGCCCACCAGGGGGCGGGGUUCUCUCUGCGCUACGAGAUUUUCAGAACAGGGUCAGAAUUCUGCUUCCGCAAUUUCACCAGCCCCUCUGGCAUGAUCGAGUCCCCAGGGUUCCCGGAUAAAUACCCUCACAAUCUGGAGUGCUCCUACAUGAUCAUCGCUCCGCCUCGCAUGGACAUCACCCUCACGUUCCUGACCUUUGACCUUGAAAAUGACCCCCUGCUUGUGGGAGAGGGUGACUGCAAGUAUGACUGGCUGGACGUGUGGGACGGCCUGCCACAAGUGGCUCCACUGAUUGGCCGGUACUGUGGCACAAAGAUCCCUCCAGAGAUCCAGUCGUCCUCUGGCCUGCUGUCCCUUUCCUUCCACACUGACAUGGCCUUGCCACGCCAGGCCCGCCUCAAUAACAAUGACAAUGCCUGGACUCCCUCAGAGGACAGCAACAAGGAGUAUAUACAGGUUGACCUCCAGUUCCUAAAGGUUUUGACAGGCAUCGCCACACAGGGAGCCAUUUCCAAGGAGACUCAGAAGUCCUACUAUGUCACCACCUUUAAACUGGAGGUCAGCACCAAUGGAGAGGACUGGAUGGUGUACCGACAUGGCAAGAACCACAAGAUUUUUCACGCCAAUACAGACCCUGCUGAGGUGGUUCUGAACCGGGUCCCACAGCCAGUCUUGGCCCGCUUCGUUCGUAUCCGACCACAGACCUGGAAGAAUGGCAUCGCCUUGCGCUUUGAGCUCUACGGAUGCCAGAUUACAGAUGCUCCAUGCUCAGACCUGCAGGGCCUGCUGUCUGGCCUGCUACCUGACGCCCAGAUCUCAGCCUCCUCCAGCAGGGAUGUGGUGUGGAGUCCUGGGAGUGCCCGUCUGGUGGCCAGUCGCUCCGGCUGGUUCCCCGCGCCUGCACAGCCCCUGGCUGGAGAGGAAUGGCUACAGGUGGACCUGGGAGUGUCGAAGACCGUGCGAGGUGUGAUCACCCAAGGAGCACGGGGAGGAGACGCAGGAAGUGGAGCGACCACAGAUAACCGGGCAUUUGUUAGAAAGUACAAAGUGGCGCACAGCCUGAAUGGAAAAGAGUGGAAUUUCAUCAUGGACAGCAAGACUAGCCUACCCAAGAUUUUCGAGGGGAACACACACUAUGACACCCCUGAGCUGCGUCAUUUUGAGGAGACAGUGGCCCAGUACAUCAGGCUGUAUCCAGAGAGGUGGUCUCCGGCAGGGAUCGGGAUGAGAGUGGAGAUACUGGGCUGUGACCUUCCCGAAACCAGCACACUGGCGGACACUGUAGCUCCAACUCAGCCCUCUGAUGUUGAAACCACCACUGUCCCUAUUACGACUACAGUAGUGACCUCUCCUCCAUCAGACAGUGUGUGUGACUUCGACCAUGGCCUGUGUGGGUGGACACAUGACCCCAACGCCCCUCUCUUCUGGUCCCUGCACAGCCACGAGCUCAACAGCUAUCUGUAUAUGGAUGCCAGCCUAAAGACAGAGCAGCAGCGAGCCCGGCUUUUGAGCCCCGUGGUGACAGCCGAAACUGGGCCCCUCUGCCUCCUCUUCUCCUACCAGCUGUGGGGAGAGGCCCAGGGCCACCUGAAGGUCCUGCUGCGGGACGCCCACAACGACGAGACCCUCCUUUGGGCAUUGAAGGAUGAUCAAGGCCCCGUCUGGAAAGAGGGUCGAACCAUCCUGCCUCGCUCCCCUAAAGACUACCAGGUUGUGAUGGAGGGUUUCUUUGUGCAUGGCACCAGAGGACACAUCUGGAUAGACAACAUCCACAUGAGCUCGAGCACCCCUCUGAAGGAGUGUACACAGCCCUUUACAGCUUUUUCUCCUGAAAAUCCAGGGGGAGGCGUUCCUGUGCCUCCCUUGCCCAUCCAUUGGUAUUACAUUAUGGCCGCCGGGGGCGCCCUCCUUCUCCUGGCGGUAGCCAUCUUGGCCAGAGCCCUUUGUUGCUGCCGACAACACCUGGCCACCAAGAAGAGCCAGCUGUCAGUGGCCUAUCACAGCUCUUCGCAGUGCUUCCAGUAUUCUAACUGGUCCUCCAGUAUGGCCACCCCAGGGGUGGAGCCAGUCCUGACAGUGAGGUUGGACAGCCGGGAUCGACACCGUACGCUCUGCUUUAAAAAGCCCAAUGAAUUUGGAGAUGGACGACUGUUCAGUGGCAGAGACCCACUGGGUGGAGCUUUACAGUUCCCCGAAUGGAACACACCAUCUCCAUCAUCAGAUCCUCCAGUGACCCAUGUCUCAGAGAAGGACAACUCGUGGUUGUACACUCUGGACCCCAUCCUGGUCACCAUCAUUGUCAUGAGCGCUCUGGGCGUCCUGCUCGGUGCGGUUUGUGCCGGCCUCCUCCUGUACUGCACCUGUUCCUACAGCGGCCUCUCGUCACGCUCCUCCACCACCCUGGAAAACUACAACUUCGAACUGUAUGACGGCCUCAAGCACAAAGUUAAACUGAACCAACAGCGCUGCUGCACUGAGGCAUGAGAGAGGAAACCCAAAAAGAGAUAGAACAACAGCAAGAGAUACAGCCCUUUUGAGAAAACCUCUCGCCAUUUUCUUCAUUUCCUCCAGUUCAUCUUUGUGUCCGUUUUCUUCCUCAGUGGUGCAGAUCCCUGGACACAUGGACGAGAAAGUCGCUCAUUAGCUCAAAUGAGAACUUGUUUCCUGUUUGGAAACCGUGGCAUCGUCCAGUGUUUGACAACCAAUAAGAGAAAGACUGGGGUUACCCAGAUGGAUUGUUCCAUUACAGGCCUCAAAAAAUAAAUAUCUUCACAUAUCAAAUACAGAUUCAUGCUCUGCCAAAAGAGAACUGUUUAUAAAAGCAUCUUAGAUUUAUAUGAGGUCUAGUUUUACAACUGGAUAAUGUAAGCUACACAUACUGAGUCAGAACACAUUGUGUUGGAAAGGUGGUAGGGUAGAAAGUGUCUUUUCUGAUCACAUGUGAACACAGUGGCCUAGAACUUAGCUUCUUUGUGUGGCCUGUUGGCUUUUUGUUCUGUCGUAGACUUUGCUACCUAUCAGCCUCAGUUAUCCUCUUAGUUCCUGACAGUCUGUGGUAUUUUUAGUCACCGACAUCCCUCGAGUUCGUCUUUCUGCUCAGUCACUCUCGUUCUGUUUAAUGUUUGUGUUCUGGCCUGUUGCUAGUCUGUGAUGGCAGAUAAGUAGAAAAAAGAGGCAAAGAAAGUGACUGUCGAGGUGGGGAGCGUUUUAACACAUUCUAUUUAUGACCGAAAGAGUUAUUUUUAGAUUUGGUUGUUGGUUAUUUGGUUGUUGAGACUGUUGUUACUGGUUCCUGUUAAAGGGAAGGUCAUGUUAACACUAUGGUUAAUGGGGAAAUGUCAUGGAUCUUUGGGUAGUGCAACCUAUGGAUUGCUGGUAAGAGCAGAGACUGAAAACCACUGAAGAAACAGAAACACAGAGAGUGAGACUGGCUGACAAAGCACUGAAAUCCCCUGCCUCUCUCUCUCACAGGGGCAAUGCUCUCUCUGUGCUUUCACGAGGACAAAGAAAAGAGAUCAAAAACAAAUGCACAGCCAGGAACAGCUUUCUCAAUCGACUGACUGUGCACCCAGAGAGAAACAAGCCUUAAAAGCAAACUGUGGAAAUGUUGAAAAAGGAAAUUUGAGAUGACAUUAAGAAGAGACACGAGCUGUCCAUCUUUCUCUCUUUUUACAUGUGGACCUCAAAAGCCAUGAUUUAAAGGACCCUCCCCCCCAAAAAACAUAUCCAUACAUCACACCACCCUCACCUCAGCCUGCUGGGCUAAUUGCGGCCUGUCUUCUGAAGUCGUUUUGUCUUUUGUUUUUGUUUUUUUUAUUGAAGGCACUUGCACAGCAAGGUGGGGACGGUUUUAAACCAGCCAGAAAGGGUCUGCUCUUGCACGCUCUGAAUGGACUCAUAAGGCAUGAGAAGGAGAGGGUGAGAGAUCCUCCCGUGCACAUGCGCACAUUACUUCACUUGUAUAUACACAUGUACAGUAUAUACAAAACAUGAAGCAGAUUUUGGACACACACACACACAC